UAGCUAUAAGACGAGUUCGGUGAAAUCUAGUCAGUGUAUUGGCUUAACGUGUGUAGCCAAAACGCCAGUCUCAUUCAUUCAAUAGAGACUCAUAUUUAGAAUCCGCUUCCUCAGCCCAAACGUGAGAUUUUAUUUGAUUUUUAUUGCUCAGUUAUUUGUUGCAGAAAGCUACUUCUUUUUGCGAAAUCAGCAGAAAGCAGCUCCUUUGGCAUUUCUGUGCCCCAGAUUAUGGGGGGAGCCUCUUGAAUUUUUGGCCGAGCUUGCUUCAUCUCAAACUUCUAGUCUUUUCUCAUUGUUUUAGGUAUAGCUCCCGUUCUUGACAAUUCCUGACCAGGCCUCUUUAUAAUCGCUCCAACAUCAUCGCAAGUAGCACUACAACUCAGGUCCCGUUUCUAUUUGGUGCUGUAAGAGUGCGUUCGGCACGGUGAAAAAUGGGAGAGGACGAUGUACUGUGUUGUGAGCCUAAGUUCUGGUUGUUUCUAGUUGUAUGUUUGGCUCUAGUGAUAUUUGCUGGCCUCACUUCCGGGCUCGCUUUGGGACUCCUCUCUUUUAGCCAAGUUGAUCUCGAGGUCCUCAUCAAGGCCGGUCAGCCUCAAGAGAGGAAAGAUGCAGCCAGGAUUUUACCGCUCGUAAAGAACGAGCAUUUGCUUUUGUGUACCCUUCUUGUGGGGAAAUCAUUGGCAAUGGAAGCACUUCCCCUUUUCCUGGAUUCGAUUCUCCCAUCAUGGGCCGCGAUUCUAAUGUCAGUCACCUUAGCGCUUGCCUUUGCAGAGAUCAUCCCACAGGCUGUGUGUUCUCGCUAUGGACUCAGUCUUGGUGCUAGAUUAUCAGUUCUCGUUCGGUUGCUUCUCUUGGUCUUCCUCCCCAUAUCAUACCCAACAAGCAAGAUGUUGGACUGGCUUCUCGGAAGGGCACAUUCGGCAUUAUAUAGGCGAGCAGAGCUGAAGACUUUGGUGGAUCUGCAUGCAAACAAGGCAGGAAAAGGAGGAGACUUGUCACAUCACGAAACAAGCAUAAUCACAGGUGCUUUGGACUUGACACAGAAAACUGCAAAAGAUGCAAUGACUCCAAUAUCCGAAAUAUUUUCGCUUGAUAUAAACUCCAAACUUGACAUGCACACGAUGGGAGUCAUUAUGAGCAAAGGCCACAGCAGGAUACCUGUGUACUCAGAGACCCCAACGAAUAUAAUCGGCUUAAUACUGGUGAAAAAUUUGAUCUUCUGUCGCCCUGAAGACAAGGCCCCAGUCAAGUUUAUGACUAUUAGGAGGAUUCCUAGGGUGCGGGAGGAUUGGCCAUUGUAUGACAUACUUACUCUAUUCCGGAAUGGUCACAGCCACAUGGCUAUUGUCCUUAAGAGCAAAGAGGGUGCCAAAGACAUGGAAGACUUUUCUAACGAACCUGCAGCUACCAUGGCAAAUACCUAUUUGAACGUGAAACAGAAUCAAGAAGUGAAGAAAGGAGGACUCUGUUCUCCCUUAAAUUGCAGGGAGGGAAUCAACAUCUCUGCAGUCACAUCUCCUUUAUAUUCCACCUACUCUGAAUCUCCGAGCCCUGCUUUGGUAGAUGUUAUGGAGAUGUACAAAGAUGUGCCUUCACGGUUCAGAAGGGCGGGAAACAAAGAUGCAACCAUCUCAUUGGAAGAUUUAGAAUCUCUACCAGGUAACUUAGAUGAGGAGGUCGUUGGCAUAAUAACCAUGGAGGAUGUCAUGGAGGAACUCCUACAGGAAGAAAUUUUGGACGAAACUGAUAAAUAUGUCGACCUCCAUCACAAGAUCAGAAUCAAUCUGCCAUCUUCAAGAGCCUCUUUAGGAUCACCUGGAAGGGCGUCAAUCUCUCGCAUCCAUUGGAGAACCCAGAGGCAUCUCCUCCAUAUCCUACCAUACUGAAUUCACCAAUUUCCUCAUACGUACGGCCACCGCUUGCAAGACCAGUUCUAUAUGCCUCUCCUGGUGCUUCAGUCAAUUCAUCAGCCAGCUCUACAUUGCCAAUUCGCAACUCUCCCUUCUCUCUCAAGAUCUCAAGGAAGUCAUAUGAGAAGCUGGACCGUCCUGCCUGUUAAUGAGGAUCUCGCUGGUGCAACGUUCACAUAACCCCCAAUAAUAAAAGUCUUGAUCUCCAAAUCGCCCCAGAGAAGUAUGAUGGCAUGUAUUAGCUAGCGAUAUUCUUCUCGUUGCAGUGCAACCAGUGUAAAUUUGUUAGAGGCAUCGUGUGAGGCAACUGUGGAGUGGGCAAGAUGCAUCGCAGUUGAUUAAGCAAGCUUCCUCUGCUGCACAAUUGGGACAAUAUCACAAAGCUAUUCAACCCAAUCAGCCGUCAAGCUGAACAUAUCAAUGUCAAACAUCUUCUGUAAAUUUAGAGGAAAAAAAAAAAACUCGGAUUCGACAUUCCGAGAUCUCCACAGGGACGGCAAGUCAGUUUGAUGGUAUGAAUUACUAAUCUAGUACUGAUUUCCUGUCAACAAAACUGAACUCAAACACUAUAAUUUCAAUAAUAUAGGAUGGACAUUUAUAAAUAAGAAAAUGACAC